AUGGCGCUUAAGGCCCGGAUUGAAAAUGGCGUCGUCUACUCUCCCUAUCCGUCGGAGCCCGUACCUCAAAUGUCGCUUUUCCAGGUGGUCAGACAGUGCCUCGAGCAACACGGAAACAGAACAGCUGUGGUCUGGGAGGACGAACAAAUCACUUUCGCUGAGCUCCUUAAGAUGUUCCAGCAAUACGCCGCUGGGUUCCAGAGGCACGGAGUGAAGAGAGGCGAAAAGGUCCUGGUGCAUUUGGACAAUUCCCUGGAGAACAUGAUCGCCAUGUACAGCGUCGUGUUCGCAGGAGGAGUUGCUGUGUUGUCGGAGCCUAUCUUGUCAAAUGAGAAUAUUCUCCAUAUGAUUCAAGAUAGCGACGCCACCCAUAUCCUCACCACAGCGAGUGAAGCUAGUCGAUUCUGCGACAUGCGUGAGAAGCUGGACAUGAAGGGCUACUUCACCACAGGAACCGCUCCUGGAUUCGUUUCUGCGACCGAGUUCAAAGAACUCAGUGAGAGAACCUACCGGGAAUUCCCAGUGGAGGAGCCAAAGAACGAACUUGUCGUGCUUUUGUACACGUCCGGCACAACGGGUCGACCGAAGGCCGUGGAACACACGCACUACAGCAUUGCGGCUUCUUUACCUCGCUCAGGGUAUUAUCAAGCUUCCGGUGAUCACGAUGUCGCUGCUUCCUGGGUACCCAUUACAGCGGCUAUGGGGUUUCGGAAUUAUCUUCGACUGGCCUGUUCUGGAGCGAGGACUGUUCUUCUGUCGAAAUCAGCUGGGAUAGAAAAAAUGCUAGACACAAUGAAAAAGUACAAGGUGACCACGUUGUUUGGGAGUGUGCCCUGGAUUGUCCUGCUUGCCAAGACGAUGGAGAAAGAAGGCAUUCGGCUGGAUAGCCUGAAGACUGUCAGCAGUUGUAGUGUAAAGCUCACAGACCACACUCUGAGUCAGCUUGAGCCGUCGUUUGACCUGAAUAUCGUCAAAAAUACUUACGGAACGGCGGAAAUCGGCGGGGUGUGUAAACCUCCCAUGAAUUUAUCCAAGUGGAACGGCAUUGGAUUCCCAUCUCCGAUGGUACAAAUGAAGGUUGUGGACAUCGAGAGUGGGAAAGUGCUUGGCCCGAACGAAAGCGGAGAACUGCUCGUGAAGUCGCCAACUUCCAUGAGGGGCUAUUACGGAAAUCCGGAAGCUACGUCUCAGGCGAUUACACUCGACGGUUGGGUACGAACAGGUGAUAUCUGCUACUACGACGAAGAGGGCCGGUUCUUCUACGUGGAGCGAAUGAGCCAGUUCUUCCGAUGCAUGGGAAUCAACGUCGCACCUUCCUCCAUUGAGAGUGUAUUGCUCAGCCACGAGGAAGUUGAAGCAGCGGCGGUCAUUGGCGUUCCUCAUCCACGGUACGAGGAGGCGGCCAUGGCGUUUGUUGUGUUGAAAACAUCUUGCGAAAAAAUCACCGAGGCAGCGCUCCAAGAAUUUGUUGCAGACAAACUUGGAAACUACAUGCACCUGCAUGCGGGCGUAAAGUUUGUUGACAAGAUUCCAAAAGACGUCAACGGCAAAGUCAUCAGAAAGAAACUGCGGAUUCUUCAUGGAGGCGACUAG